UCUCCCGCGAGGAACUUCUCGAGAAGUGGCGGGAGCGGCGGCUAUGGAAGCACAGGAAGAGAAAGAAGCGCAGGUUGCUGCGUGGUUGAAAAAAAUAUUUGGAGAUCACCCCAUUCCGCAAUAUGAGGUGAAUGCUCGGACCACGGAGAUUUUACAUCACCUUUCAGAACGCAACAGGGUUCGGGACAGGGAUGUCUACUUGGUAAUAGAGGACUUGAAACAGAAAGCAAGUGAAUAUGAAUCAGAAGCAAUGCUGUGGGACAUAAGCUGCAAGCUAAUCCAAUCAAAUUCUGGCACCCUUAAAGCCAAGCAUCUUCAGAGCCUUCUCAUGGAGAGUGUGAAUUUUUCCCCUGCCAAUCUGUCAAGCACUGGUUCUAGGUACCUGAAUGCUUUGGUUGACAGUGCAAUGGCCCUUGAAACAAAGGAUACCUCACUAGCUAGUUUUAUCCCUGCAGUGAAUGAUUUGACCUCUGAUCUUUUCCGUACCAAAUCCAAAAAUGAAGAAAUCAAGCUUGAAUUGGCAAAACUUGAAAAAAACCUAACCUCAACUUUAGUGUUAGAAAAAUGUCUACGAGAGUAAGUACCCGAGUUGGAAGUGGUGACAAUGUUUAUUAUAAAGACAGAACAUCGUCAGAUUUAGUUUUGACAGUAGGUAUGAUUUAAAACAACACAUUAGGAACUGGGGUCCAUAAAUGGUUUUCUAAGUAAAACAUGACUUGGAUGUAGAUAGGGGUUGGUUGGGUACAGACUUUCACCUUUUACUUCAUAUAAUUUUUACCUUUUUUUUCUUCUUUUACAAAGA